AUGGUCAAGGGAUACUUCGACAUGAUUGAAAAGGAAGUUGAGAUAACCGAGGCAAAGCAGGGUGAGGGUGGAAUAGUUCCGAUCGCUGAGUCAGUAGUAGAAGGCGUCAGACUUGCUCCUCUAGGUACCAACCGUGUAACUAUUAGUGCAGAGCCAGUCAUGGUGGGUCCCGACCCUGUUGUGCAAGGGACCGAGGCGACCUCCACUGGGGCUGACCCGGCUAGUGAGAGGGUAGAAGGGGCUGAAGAAGAAGUUGGGAUUCCAUGA